UUUUUUCCUCCGCCUAUUUAAAACCCCCUCAUCGUUCUUUUUCUUUUCCGCCUUUUUCCAAAGAAAUUGAGGGAGAAUGGGAAAGGGCAACGAUCCCUGGGACGAUUCCGCCCUCACCGACGCCUUCGAUCGCGCCAUGUCCACUUACAAGAAAAUGCACUUGAAGGGUAAUCAUGGCGGUUCUGUGAAGGAAGGAAAGCAUGCGAGUGAUGGAAAUGAGAAAGAUACUGAUGUUAUUGGCAAGGCUGCGGGGCAUGUAGAGCCAGGAGAUGAGAGCAACAAGAUAUCCGACAAUACAAAGGAGACCUUCGUGCCCUAUGACAACCAGGAAAUGGCUACUAAAGAUUCUAAUCAAGAAAAUCAUUUUAGUGCAGGUGAACAUGUCCCAGAAUCUGGUCCUUGUUCAUCAGGUUUGCCUCCCACGGAUGAAAAUACUUAUGACUAUUCUAAUCAGCAAAGUGUGGAUUAUGCUCAACUGUGCAAGCAGUAUUAUGAACUUGAGGAUCAGAAGCAAAAGCUUCUCCAACAACUUCACCAAGCUAAUUAUUGGAACUACCAGACUCCAGCAUCAAGUUCCACUUACCAAUUACCCCAGCUUUCUGAAUACAAUGGGUCUGAAUAUGGCCCUCAAACAGCAUGCUCCCUGUGUUCAUGCCACUGCAUAGCUGUCCCAGUGGUCUCAACUGCCUGCACUAUGGGUGCAGUAUCCGCUGGAGGUUACAGUUGUCCUUCACAUCUGGCUUGCUGCUCUGUUUCGCAGGCACACCAAGUUCCAGUUGAUGAUGGUCAAAAUGCCACUGCCACUGUCAAAUGUGUAGAGGAUCCCGUGAACGUUGCAAGAGCCGAUGACAGUGCUAUCAAAGCGGGGAUGUGGGCUGUGGAAAGGGCAAUAAAUUCCAUGAAGUUGGAACUGUCUGCUACUUCCAAUGAUGGCAAAGGAAAACAGAGUGUAUUAGAAAGUAAUGCAUCGCAAAGUAUAAGCUCAGAUACAGAUCUUACUGCAGUACUGAAUGCUUGGUAUAUGGCUGGCUUUCAUACUGGCAGGUAUCUCUCUGAGAAGUCUAGGAAGAAUGCAAACGCAUAGCCUCAUCUUCGCCAUCAAAGACUCAGAAUAUCAUCGAAGAUAAAAGAGUACUAUGUGAGAUGUCCCCUAGGCAAUUUGUCAUUACUGUUUAACUUGAACCAAGCUCUUGAAGCUCCAAAAGGAAGUCGCUAUCGCGUUAUAAACUAAAUGUUGAUGAAUCAAUCCCUUGAUGCCCCACCUCAAAUAGAAUUCAUAUCCUCUUGAUAUCUGGCGUUUUCGAUAUCUUCAGGUGAGAUUCAUCCGGAAAGAGGGGAGAGAUGCACGUUGCCGCCUCUUUUUUUUUUAAAUUACUUUUGAUAUAUCUGCCAAUUUCGAAAGAUCCUUAUCCGAUUUGAAGUUGCAUCUUUGGCUCUUCUACAUUGGCACUUUUGCAUUAGUCCUUGGACAUGUCAAAAUUUUGUAGGUUGUGUGUUUGUUCUGCUAAUAGAAGCUGAGCUUUCUUAGUUCUUACUUUAACCUCUUAUUUGCUCUUGGUAUUAUCAUUGAAGCUUGAAUGCUAUUGUUCU